AAAUCAUCUUUCCUGUUCAUUUCGUCGCUAACUUGCUCUAUGUAGGAUCUUUCCCAAUUGGGUCGUCCUAUUGCAGAUACCAUUAUUCUGGACAACUCUCCAGCAUCAUAUAUUUUCCACCCCAACAAUGCGGUCCCUGUGUCAUCGUGGUUCAAUGACCCACAUGACACGGAGCUCACCGACCUUUGUCCUUUCCUUGCGGACCUUGCGGAAGUGAGAGAUGUUCGGGGCGUCUUGGAUGGUGGUCUGUAGGGGGUAGUGGGUACAUGGGAUACGAAGAAGAGGGGCAUUACAGGAGAGCAAUAGGCUCGCGAGCACAAAUUCUCUGAGUGUUGUGAUGCUGGUCAAGCUCUCCUGUUUUUCAUUAUAGGUCAAUGCAACGCACGUCAUUCCCCAAUGUUGUGCGCUACCCCACAAGUCUGUCGCAUCCUUCUUUGCUUCUCGAUGGCGCCUCUGGCCGAUUAUGCGAUCUCUAUUUCUUCCACCCUCUCCGCAUUGCGCUCAACAUGACCUUACCCAUUCUGCAUCUUUUACGCUUCCCCAUGCCCAAUAUACCCUACAUAUCUAACAUGGCUCUCGACGCUCAAAUGUAUUUGGCCCGACUUUUGAUGACGAUAUACCCUUGUCUCUCAUCUCACUCCACAUAUGUUUUCGCAUCGAAACUCUUUUCUUUUUACGUAAUGGCAUCUGCGUUACAAUUUGACAUUACUACCUCCCUCUAUUCUUCUUGUUCCAGUGUAGCUGACUCUACACGAGUAGCCACUCGUACAUUCCUCGCAUUCUUUCCAUCCAUUCCACUGCGGUAUGGUCGUAUGCCUUCAUGGUACGUCGUUUCGUUGUACUUAGCCCUCGACUAUAUAUCUGACCAUCCCCAGACAGUUUUUCUCCCAUUCCUGAAUGCAUUCAUACGUCGACCGUCAUUGACAAUCUCCAUCUUGCAGUCAAAAGUAAUCAUUGCGAUACAUCCCAUUUUUUACCUGCGUCGCUGUAGCAUUUUCCUUCCUUGACCUGUUUUAUUGAAUUUUUAUUGCACUCGGCGACGCACCACUUUCCUUCCUUUCCCCUUCCUUCCAUUUCUCCUCUAUCUUCUUUACACACAAAAUCACGAUUUCCUGACGAACUACUAUGAUGAUGUUGCAUAUUCACGACUAUUUCUCUCUUAUAUGUUAUAUUUUUCUCAGCUCUGUCAUGUGUGGACG